ACCGUUUGAGGUAAGAUGAGUAGAGAUUAAUCUUUCUUUGCCUCACUGUUUUGCUUUUCCUAAGUGACAGUGAUCAAUAGAAUAAAAGGUUUGGUACAGCUUGAACCAGUGGAGCGUGGUGCCACCGCCAUGCCAUGUUACUGUAGCACCAAGGAAAGGAAAUGGCUUGCUUUAGCAUUUGUUGUUGCGUGUGAAACCAGCAUUCCCAAAAGCGCGUGGUUUUGUCUGCAUGAAUCUGCACUACUGGCGUCAUGUUUGCCACACAAUAAUCAAAUCUUUCACUGAUCACAACAAUCAUCAAAAACGGGUCACCCUCUUCCCUUUAAUCUUUAUCCCUAUUCUUGUUCUUGUGCUAAAAAGCAAACUCUGCCCCUCAAUCUCAUCUUCUCUUUCUCCCUUCAUUCUUUCUUGUAAGUUUUGUGUUCUUUUGUCCGCUUUGUUUUUCCUUGUUUCUUGUCUGUGUUUGUUUGUUUGUUUGGCUCCAAUGUUUCUUAGCACAUAAAUUCCGACUUGUCUUUAUCUCAAUCCAGAUAAUUUGUGAGUGAUCUCUACUUUUUGUUUUCUUGGUCUUAUUCCCUGGUAUUUCAGAUAAAGUUAAGAUUUUUAUUUGCUGCUUCUGAGGGGAUGUUUUGGGGGAGCUGUGAAUUGGGAUAUUUGCAGUUGGAAUAUUUGUUGCUGCAAAUUAAGGAUUUUGGGGUUCCCCAAGUUAAAAUCCUGAUGAAUCUCAGUUGGUAAAGGUGUUGCCUUUUGAUGAAGAGAGCAGAUUCCCAUAUUUGUUAUGUUUAAAAUACUUUUAUAAAGUUAGAGAUUUUAAGGAGGGGAAUUUUGUGUUUGUUGUAUCCUGUAUCUGCUUUUAGAUCAUUGUGGAGGAGGAAUUGGUGCUUCUUCUCUUUAGUGUGGAUUGGGAUUUUGGGGGGGGUUCCUUUAUUUGUCAUAAAAAUCUAUGAGGGAAUCAGUUCAAGUAAAUUUGGAAUAGAUUCUUUUGUCUUAAGCCCUAAAUUGAAAAUUGGGUGCUACUAUUUGGUGGGAUAUUGUUCCAAUCCAUUUGAGAAUAAGACAUGAACUAGGAAUUUGCAAAUUAGAGAGGGUAAAAUUUUGAGUGUUUCUUGAGGGUUUUACGUGUGUAUUUGAGAUUUAAAGAUGCAGCGUGUUAGAUUUUCAUCUCAACAAGCACCAGUACACAAGCUAGGAGAUCCUCAAAUGACAUUAUCUCCUAAGUUUAGGUUAGCUGUGAUCCAAUCUUCUUUGGCAAAUCCUUCACCUGAGUUAGAGCUUUCUCUCAGAGAAGAACCCUUAAUACCAGGUCUACCCGACGAUGUUGCUCUCAAUUGUCUUCUCCGGCUUCCGGUUCAGAGUCAUUCAUCAUGUAGAGCUGUCUGCAAGAAGUGGCACAUGCUACUUGGUAACAAAGAGAGGUUUUUCACCAACAGGAAGCAAUUUGGUUUGAAAGACCCCUGGCUUUUUGUAUUUGCAUAUCAUAAGUGCACUGGAAAGAUCCAAUGGCAGGUUCUUGACCUCACACACUUUUCAUGGCACACUAUCCCUGCAAUGCCUUGUAAGGACAAGGUUUGUCCUCAUGGUUUUAGGUGUGUUUCGAUUCCGCCCGAUGGCACGCUGUUUGUUUGCGGUGGCAUGGUGUCUGAUGUUGAUUGCCCUCUUGACUUGGUGUUGAAAUAUGAGAUGCAGAAGAAUAGGUGGACUGUGAUGAAUAGGAUGAUCACUGCUAGGUCAUUUUUUGCCAGUGGAGUUAUUGAUGGAAUGAUUUAUGCAGCUGGGGGAAAUAGUACUGAUCUUUAUGAGCUAGAUUCCGCCGAGGUGUUGGAUCCUCUCGACGGAAGCUGGCGCCCUAUUGCCAGCAUGGGAACAAACAUGGCAUCUUAUGAUGCUGCAGUUCUCAAUGGGAAACUUCUGGUGACUGAAGGGUGGUUGUGGCCUUUUUAUGUCUCUCCAAGAGGCCAGGUCUAUGAUCCUAGAACUAAUAACUGGGAAAAUAUGGCUGUUGGACUCAGAGAAGGGUGGACUGGUUCGAGCGUGGUUGUUUACGGCCACUUGUUUGUUGUCUCUGAGCUCGAACGAAUGAAGCUAAAGGUUUAUGACCCUGAAUCCGAUUCAUGGGAAGCCAUAGAAGGGCCUCCUUUGCCUGAGCAAAUAUGCAAGCCUUUUGCUGUGAAUGCUUGUGAUUGUCAUAUUUAUGUUGUGGGUCGAAAUCUUCUGGUUGCUGCUGGUCAUAUCACUAGACUAAACCCAAAAGAAUGUUGCAAGGAAAAAUGGAACUUCAGCGUUCGAUGGCAUGUAAUUGACGCACCAGAAAGUUUGUCUGAUCUGACUCCUUCAAGUUCCCAGGUGCUGUUUGCCUAGUUUUUCAUUAUCCUGUAAUAUUAUGUUACAAAUAUUGUAUUAAUAAUGUAAUUAAUAUAAUUAUUAGAGGUCUAAAAGUUGUAACAGCUGUGUGAAGGAACUCUUUUUUGAAUUGUAUCAGUGAUAGUAUCUUCUUGUGGUUGCUUUGGCAGUGAUAGUUGUACAUCAAUAAUUACAUUGAUAUUUUCUCCUUGAUGAAUGUCCAUGAUUCUAUUGUCAGG